AUGCAGAAGUGCCGGUCAAUUAACCCUGCUCUGGGGUCCCGAGCCUUCGCUCCCGCCCCGCGCGUCCAGGUCCAGUUCCAGCGUCGCAACCUCCAGGAUGUCGCCAUUACUCGCACUGGACGGCCCGUUCUGAAGGUUCAAGGUGGUCGCUCGUCUCUCGGAGGCCACACUGCGACUGUCUUUGGUGCCACUGGUUUCUUGGGUCGCUACAUUGUCAACAGGCUCGCUACCCAGGGAUGCAAUGUGGUGGUUCCCUACCGGGAGGAGAUGACCAAGCGUCAUCUCAAGGUCACUGGUGACCUGGGCCGUGUUACCUUCAUGGAAUACGAUCUCCGCAACACGCAGUCCAUCGAGGAGAGCGUCCGUCACUCUGAUGUUGUGUACAACCUCGUUGGUCGCCAAUACCCUACCAAGAACUUCUCCUACGUUGAUGUGCACGUGGACGGUGCUGAGCGCAUCGCCGAAGCUGUUGCCAAGUACGACGUGGACCGUUUCAUCCACGUCUCUUCCUACAAUGCGCGCCGCGACUCGCCCUCGGAAUUCUUUGCCACCAAGGCCUGGGGUGAGGAGGUUGUUCGCUCAAUCUACCCCGAGACCACCAUUGUGCGCCCUGCCCCGAUGUUCGGAUUUGAGGAUAACUUGCUGCACAAGCUUGCUGGCAACUCCAACCUGUUCACUGCGAACCACAUGCAGGAGCGCUUCUGGCCCGUCCACGCCAUUGACGUGGGUGCUGCCCUCGAGAAGAUGCUGCACGACGACAGUACCGUUGGUCAGACGUACGAGCUCUACGGACCCAAGAACUACUCGACUGCCGAGAUCGCCGAGCUUGUGGACCGUGAGAUUAUCAAGAAGCGCACCCACAUCAACGUGCCCAAGGCUCUCCUCAAGCCGUUUGCCUACUACCUUAACAAGUACCUGUGGUGGCACACCAUGUCCGCGGACGAGGUUGAGCGCGAGUUCCACGACCAGGAGAUCGACCCCGAGGCGAAGACCUUUAAGGAUCUCGGCAUGAACGAGACUGCCGACCUGGCCGACUUGACCUUCCACUACCUGCAGGGAUACCGUAGCUCAUCCUACUACGAUCUUCCUCCGGCGACUGAGCGCGAGCGUCGGGAGGAGAAGAAGUACCUCCACGUGCUGGACGACCAGUAA